UAUAAUUUUACGAAUGCAGAAUGUGUAAAAACACAAAAAUUCUGAAAAAUUCUGACAGAAGGUACAGAUUCUUUUAGUAUUUCUGAAAAAUGUUCCAAAUCAUGUAAAAAUUCAUAAAAAAAAUUUUUAUUAUGAAGAUCAAAUGUGAGUUCGAUUGAAACAACAAAUUAGAUAAUAUUUCAGUAAAUUUUAAAUUCUAUAACUUUUUUUCUAGACGUAUUCAAAUGUUAAACAAAGGGUUACCCACAUCCAAGCGUGUUUUUCACACUUCUACGAAUAAAACUAACCCGAACACAGCCUUAUCAGCAGGCUGUGACGUUUAUCGCGUACGGCAUACUCACACCUAUCGAGCUAUCGUUAAAUCGUAUUAAUUGUAGUAACGGUAGGCCAUUUACUCACUUGAAUUUAAUCUUAAAUUUGCGAUUGCUCUGUGGUCGAAUGCCGGAUGUGCUGCUCGCUGAGUUAGUUAGAAUUUAUCAUGAGGGGGGAAGGAAGGGGUGAGAGGGCCGAUCAUUUUCGCGCUUCGAGCAGUCGUCUAUGCAUCAUCGUCGAAAGUGCACAAAUUCGUAGAGCGCUCGAAUCGUGCUCGCCGGUGCAAUCAGGCUCGAGGAGUUGGGCUCGACGUCGACGUCGGCGAGAAUCGGCGGAAAUCAGUUGACGCGCGACGAGAAGAUAAUAGGUUGCGGUGGCUUUAUCGCUCUCUCGGAUCGGUAUAAUUCGUAGAACCCCGGAUUCACUAAUCAUCGUUGCCAUAGCCGCUCGUGUCACGAGAUAUAUAAUAAAUCGUGGAGAUUCAAUAGCUACUGUUUUCCCCUAGUUAUCGGUCAUUAUGUCUCCUCGCGAUCUCGUUUUUCGUUUUCUGCUGUUCUGUUCGGUCGUCUAUUUCUCGACAACGUCGAUCAUUCGACCGCAAAAAUUGUUCGUCGUGCGACUCUCGCCGGAAUCGCCAGCGAGGAACCUGGGCAAUGUACCGGGUAGAUGGAGAACGGUGCAGCCGGAGUUUAAAGCGCCACAAAUCGAGAUUCGGUUGAUGAAGAAUCACAUCUCGCCGGACUGGAACUUCAUCAAUGAAUACAAAUACUCCGGCAAAGAUUACCAUGGUGCACCAAAGAUGACAUCGGCGACAAACGAGAGGAAAGUCUCACGAAUUAGAAACGGCGACAUGAAAGUGAGAGAAAAGGAGAAAGAGAAUCCGGAUAAUAUCCUGAUGCCCGAUGGAAUCAUCCCGCAGAUUGGAUCUAGGAAUAUUAUUGCAGUGCCGACGUACUGCCCGGAAGGGCAAAGGGAAGAUAGUAGAGGACGUUGUAGAACUGUCAUAACGUAAAAGAGAACAAGCAAUAAAGAGGAUGAAAAAGGAAACAUUUGAAUAAUUUCAAACUUUUCAAUUAUUGGUAUUUAUCUUAUAUCGUCAAAUAUUAAGAGUGUAUAAAGCUAUUUUGUUUUUCUUAAUAAACUGUUAUAUUAAAUUUGUAA